GGCGGUCGUCGUGCCAGUUGCAUCUCGGCAAAAUGACGGCAUGUGCAUCACGUGUGAAAUUCGGUUUAGAUUGCCCACUGGUGAUUACGCUAGCGUUGCUUUGCGCAGAUUCACGUCGGGAUUCAUCAGUCGUAUGCCCGUCGUCAUCGCGCUCGUAUGUCACGACCGUCGCGACCGUUCCUUCCUAGGUGGCUCCCCGCGAUGCAUCUCCUCCGCCUGAUCGGUCUCGCUCUUCUAGGAUUACACGCAUCGAGAGCGAGUGACUGGGACUAUGGGGGCGAACAUGGACCAGAGAACUGGACGGGAAUAUGUAAAACCGGGAAGAAGCAGUCGCCGAUCGAUAUUGUAACAGACGAGGCCAUAAGGUCUGAUCUCGGUGCACUCAAAUUCGACCGAUACGACUUCGCGUUUCCCGGCACGGUAACAAACACCGGUCAUUCCGUGCAAGUUAAGCUGGGCGGAGUGCCGAUCCACGUGAGCGGCAGCAAUCUGCCGUCGCUGUACGUUCUGGAGCAGAUGCAUUUUCACUGGGACGCCGAGCACACCGUGGACAGUACUCGUUACCCGCUGGAAUUGCAUUUCGUGCAUUACGACAUUCAGUACGAGAAUUUCAGCGUAGCCGCGGAACACGAGAACGGCGUAGUGGUGGUUGCCGUGCUGUUCGAGUUGAGCGCCGAGGAUAAUGUGGACCUGACAGUGAUCCUAAAAUUGACGGAGAUGGUAUCGCACUGGGUGGGAAAGAGCAUGGUGACUAUACAAAAGAAGCUGAUACCCUUUCUGCUGUUGCCGAAGGACCACACAACGUACUACCACUAUCAGGGGUCCUUGACCACUCCGGGAUGCCAGGAGUCCGUCAUGUGGUUCAUCAUGACCGAAAGGCUCACGGUAUCGGAAACACAGGUGAACGUGUUUAAAAGCGUGAUGAACGGCGACUACGCCCUGCAGCACAAUUACAGACCCGUUCAGCUCCUCGGCGACAGGAAGGUGUACCAUCGCCUGGAAGGAUAUUCCGCAGCGUCUUCGUUCACUUCGAGUGUAGUCUCGAGCAUCCUCAGUGUCAUACUAGUUAGACUGUUGCAGUCGUGCGAGGGCUUUUAGAAUAUAUUCUUGCUCGACACAUGCGCCUGUAAGUUACAGCGGCAUGAUAUCAUUCGUUUACAUCGCUUUUGGGAAACACGAAACGUGUAUUUAUUAUGGCAAAUUCGUUCAUUCGCAACUGCAUCAGUCGAUAAGGCGUUCUGGAUUCCGCGUUGACACUGAGAACUCUGGAAUUAUCACUAUCGAUGUUGAUACGCAAAUUUUCACUUAUAAUAGAAAUCAUUUUUUACAACGCAGCAUCGAAAAAAUAUGUCAAACAAAAAUUUGUAAAGAUGAAAAAUUGAUGGUUCUUCUUUUAAAUUUCGUUACUGUGUUGGCUUUUUUCAGAUCUUCCACUGUUGAACGCUUAAUUGUUAUUUUAACUUGUGUAUAGUAAUUUUUUUAAUGUAAAAAUAUCUUUGAUGCAACAGAUGUAUCAUCGCUGAUUAGCAUGUGUAAUGUAUGUGAUGUGUGAAAGCGCAAAUGAGCGUUAAUGUCGAACGACGUGUCGCCGAUUUGCGAGCACAUGUCAACAUGUAAAUGUGCCAAAUAAAAUGUGCAUUUUUAUAAAAACGA